AUGCUGCUAUUCUCGUACAUUAACAAAUCAUCAUUAGAAUAUGCUCAAGAACAAAAACAUAUUGAACUUGUACCAUUGCAUUUGGCACAUGUUCUCGUCGAAGACGAACAAGGUCUAGCGAGACAAUUAAUCAAAAAAGCGGAAUUUAAUGUUCAAGAAGUAUUGGAUGCCAUCGAUGUGAAACUACGUAAAUUAUCUAAGCAAGAUCCACCACCAUCGAAACUCUAUCCCAAUUCAUCGUUUAUGAAUGUAUUGAAACAGGCCAAGAAAUUAUCGAAAACACAAAAGGAUUCGCAUACAGCAAUCGAUCAUAUUUUGGUGGCUUUAUAUGAAGAUUCAGAUACAACAUCCGCUUUUGUUUCAGUUGGAUUGAGUAAAAAACGGAUGGAAGAAGUAGUGAAACAAGUCCGACAGAAUAAAAAUGUGACUUCAGCUAAAGCUGAACAAACUUAUCAAGCACUAGAAAAAUAUGGUCAUGAUUUAGUUGCUGAUGCUGAAUCAGGAAAAUUAGAUCCUGUUAUUGGUCGUGAUCAAGAAAUCCGACGAUGUAUCCAAGUUUUAUCACGACGAACAAAAAAUAAUCCUGUUCUUAUCGGUGAACCUGGUGUGGGAAAAACAGCUAUCGUUGAAGGUUUAGCACAACGUAUUGUUCAUCAAGACGUUCCCGACACAUUACCACGACGUUUAAUUGCAUUAGAUAUGGGUGCUUUAGUCGCUGGUGCUAGUCAUCGUGGUGAAUUCGAAGAACGUUUGAAAUCAGUAUUGAAGGAAAUCGAAAGUUCAAAUGGCGGAAUAAUUUUAUUUAUUGAUGAAAUACAUUUGGUUCUCGGCGCUGGAAAAGCUGAAGGUGCAAUGGAUGCAGCAAAUCUAUUGAAACCUAUGUUAGCUCGUGGUGAACUUCGUUGUAUUGGUGCAACGACAUUAGAUGAAUAUCGAAAAUAUAUUGAAAAAGAUCCAGCAUUUGAACGACGUUUUCAACAAGUUAUGGUUAAAGAACCAUCAGUUGCUGAUUGCGUAUCUAUUUUACGUGGUCUCAAAGAUCGUUAUGAAUCACAUUUUGGUGUCCGAAUUCUCGAUUCCGCUUUAGUCAUCGCUGCUCAACUAUCCAAUCGGUAUAUUACCAACCGAUUUCUACCCGACAAAGCCAUCGAUCUGAUUGAUGAAGCCUGCGCAAGUAUUCGUGUUCAAUUGGAUAGUCAGCCGGAAGUUAUCGACCAGUUGGAACGUCGAGAAUUACAAUUAGAUGUCGAAGCCACAGCUUUGUCUCAAGAAAAAGAUGAAGCAUCGAAGCAACGUUUAAAACAAGUCAAAGAAGAAUUGUCCAAAAUUCGUGAAGAACUGAAACCAUUGAAAUUACGGCAUCAAGCAGAAAAACAACGUGUCGAUGAAUUGAGAAAAUUGAAACAAAAAAUGGAAAAUCUCCAAGUUAAAAUGGCUCAAGCGGAACGUGAAAAGAAUUUAGCAUUAGUUGCUGAUAUGAAAUACGGAGCUAUUCCUGAUCUUGAAAAGAAAAUAGCUGAAACUGAACAUCGAAUUACCGAAGNAUUUAAAAUCCGACGAUGUAUCCAAGUUUUAUCACGACGAACAAAAAAUAAUCCUGUUCUUAUCGGUGAACCUGGUGUGGGAAAAACAGCUAUCGUUGAAGGUCUAGCACAACGUAUUGUUCAUCAGGACGUUCCCGACACAUUACCACGACGUUUAAUUGCAUUAGAUAUGGGUGCUUUAGUCGCUGGCGCUAGUCAUCGUGGUGAAUUCGAAGAACGUUUGAAAUCCGUGUUGAAGGAAAUCGAAAGUUCAAAUGGCGGAAUAAUUUUAUUUAUUGAUGAAAUACAUUUGGUUCUCGGCGCUGGAAAAGCUGAAGGUGCAAUGGACGCAGCAAAUCUAUUGAAACCUAUGUUAGCUCGUGGUGAACUUCGUUGUAUUGGUGCAACAACAUUAGAUGAAUAUCGAAAAUAUAUUGAAAAAGAUCCAGCAUUUGAACGACGUUUUCAACAAGUUAUGGUUAAAGAACCAUCAGUUGCUGAUUGCGUAUCUAUUUUACGUGGUCUCAAAGAUCGUUAUGAAUCACAUUUUGGUGUCCGAAUUCUCGAUUCCGCUUUAGUCAUCGCUGCUCAACUAUCCAAUCGGUAUAUUACCAACCGAUUUCUACCCGACAAAGCCAUCGAUCUGAUUGAUGAAGCCUGCGCAAGUAUUCGUGUUCAAUUGGAUAGUCAGCCGGAAGUUAUUGAUCAGUUGGAACGUCGGGAAUUACAAUUAGAUGUCGAAGCCACAGCUUUGUCUCAGGAAAAAGAUGAAGCAUCGAAGCAACGUUUAAAACAAGUCAAAGAAGAAUUGUCCAAAAUUCGUGAAGAACUAAAACCAUUGAAAUUACGGCAUCAAGCAGAAAAACAACGUGUCGAUGAAUUGAGAAAAUUGAAACAAAAAAUGGAAAAUCUCCAAGUUAAAAUGGCUCAAGCGGAACGUGAAAAGAAUUUAGCAUUAGUUGCUGAUAUGAAAUACGGAGCUAUUCCUGAUCUUGAAAAGAAAAUAGCUGAAACUGAACAUCGAAUUACCGAAGAAAACAAACAACAACAAGAUCGAUUAUUGACUGAAGUUGUUGGACCAAAUGCAAUUGCUGAAAUAGUCAGUCGAUGGACAGGCAUUCCUGUAUCGAAACUAUCUCAAACAGAACGUGAACGUUUACUGAAAUUAAGUGAACAUUUACAUAAGAAAGUUGUCGGACAAGAUGAUGCCGUUGAUAGCGUUGCUGAAGCUGUGCUUCGAAGUCGUGCUGGUCUGUCAAGACAAAAUCAACCCAUUGGUUCAUUCUUAUUUUUGGGUCCUACGGGUGUCGGUAAAACCGAAUUAGCGAAAACUUUAGCUUUGGAACUGUUUGACUCAACCAAAUCGAUGGUUCGAAUCGAUAUGAGUGAAUACACAGAAUCUCAUUCAGUUGCUCGAUUAAUCGGUGCACCACCAGGUUAUGUCGGAUUCGAACAAGGUGGUCAAUUGACAGAAGCAGUUCGACGACAACCUUAUGCAGUCAUUUUAUUUGAUGAAGUGGAAAAAGCACAUCCACAAAUUUGGAAUACUUUAUUACAAGUUUUGGAUGAUGGUCGUUUAACUGAUGGCAAAGGACGAACUGUUGACUUUACGAAUACAAUUAUUGUUUUAACAUCCAAUAUUGGUGCGCAGUACAUUUUGGAAGAUGUGGAACAUCCGACAAAGACCUCCGAUGGAAAACUAUCUCAAGCGAUCAAAGAUCGAGUUAUGAAAGAAGUUCGCCUCCAUUUUCGACCGGAAUUUUUGAAUCGUUUGGAUGACAUUGUCUUCUUCCAACCAUUGAAUGUCAAUCAACUUUCAUCAAUUGUUCAUCUUCAAUUAAAAUCAUUGGAAGAACGUUUGAAAGAACAAGAUAUUGCAAUUAGUCUAACUGAUAAAGCUAUUCAAUCAACACUUAAGAAAUCUUAUAAUCCAGGUAUGUUGGAAGAGAGAUCUUGA